AUGGUGGUUGCAGCGGCCUCCGAGGACCAUUCACCCGAAUCAGGACCUGUGACGAUUAGUUUUAUAGCGGCAAUACCAGAAACUGUUUUCAACUUUUCUUUUCAGUUUAAUUUAGUUGCGAGUGAUACUUGCAACCCGCCAACCACAGGAUGCGAUACGGCGGCCGCUAAUGCUGCAUGUACUGACACAUCAGUCGUAUGUAAAAUUGACGAUACCUCCUUUUUGUAUUGUCCAAAAGUAGCAAACGCAGAUCAAGUCUGGAUUACAGCCAAUUGUCUAUUUGGCAGCACCUUCGAUUGUAACAGCAAACAAUGCUCUGGAGGCUCUGGACCACCCACUCAACCGACCACUACUUUACCAUCCCUUCCCGGAACCACUGCUGCACCAGGCGCAGGAACAACCCUUGGCCCAAGCGUUUGUUAUGGCCAGGCAAACGGAACCAAAAUCGCCUACCCAAAUAGCACCAAUCUAUACUUCUUAUGCACUAACGGAGUAGCAAGUAUUUGGCAAUGCCCUUCCAAUGGUGCCUUCAAUCAGACGACUCAAAAAUGUCAAGGUGGUACUGGUGGUGGUGGAACUACAAAUCCAGGAACUGUAUCCUGUCCAUCAGGUGUCAAUACCUUAUUGCCUGCCCCGAACAAUUGUCAAUAUUAUUAUUCGUGUGUCAAUGGAGUAGGGACGCUAAUACAAUGUCCAAACGGUUAUUACUUCACCCCAUCCAUGUCAGCGUGCACAAUCAACAAGCCAUCGAAUUGCGGCAGUGGUACAUCAGUAAUUUCAAAUUACGACCCAAAUAACUACUUUCCAGUUUAUGGAUCAAAUAUAAAUUACGGAUCUGACUAUUAUGAACCCAACUAUUAUGGAUCCAACUAUUACGGAUCCAACUAUUACGGGUCCAACUAUUACGGAUCGAACUACUACGUGCCCAACUACUAUCCAAGCUAUGGAGUGGGAUAUAAUUAUGGAUCAAACUAUUGGCGUCGUCGAUCUUAGUAUCACAAAACAGCAUAACACAUGUUGACUUAAAAGUUAUCUACAUUGUAUGAAGUAAUCCUUGGCAAAUAAAAAGUAAACACCACAACUGGAUUGCA